GACGGAUGUUUGUUUAAAGCUUCAUUGGAAAAAGAAUGAGAGAAUGUCGAUGCGAGGUGUGAAAUUUGCUUUUGAAGAAGACGAGAAGGUCCUUUGUUUUGAGCCAGACCCAAGCAAGGCUAGGGUUCUGUAUGAUGCGAAGGUUUUGGAAGUUACCACACGUAAGAGGAGCAAUGGUCAGAAAGGGCCUGGGUACCUGGUGCAUUUCAGUGGCUGGAAUAGCAGCUGGGACAGGGUAGUAAAAGAAGACUUCAUUCUCAAGAACACGGAAGACAACAGGAAGUUGAUGAAGCGUCUGGCUGCCAUUGCCAGGCAAAUUCGCAAGAACCGUGUCAGAAAGAAGAGAAUUGACGAGAUACUGAGGCAGGUACUGAAGAGACGUCCCAGGUACGACAGCGAGGAGGAGACCUCAGAGGAGGAUGAAUGUGAGGAUGUUGGUGAGGAGGAGGAGACAACUGGGGAGGAAGAGGAGGAUACGGAAAGAGAGGAGGGGGAGGAUUCGACACAGGAGUCGGGGCAGAGUGAAGAUGAAAGCACUGUGGAGGGAGGAGAGACUGAAGACAACCCUCAGCCUGAGGAGAUUGCAGUAACAGAAGUGGAACUUGAAAUACCAGAUCCACUGAAGAGCCAACUUGAAAAUGACUUUCAUUUCAUAAAUAGAAAGAAAAAGUUGGUCCAUUUACCUGCUGAGCCCAAUGUGGUCAGUCUUCUGGAGAGUUAUGUCAAGAAUUAUGCAAUCAACCUGCUUUGUUCCACUCCUCAUAAAGCAGCCAGACACGGACAUACAGAAUGUGUUAAUCUGUGCAAGGAGGUAGUUGAAGGUUUGAGGAUCUGCUUUGAUUUUACCCUCCCCACCAUAUUACUUUACAACCUGGAGAGAGAACAGUAUGAGAAGGUAGUCAACAAUUAUAAACCACUCAUGUCUACCAAGAAAGAAAAGACAGAGUGUCAGAAGUUGGCCCCCCUCCAUUCUCCAACAAGAUGUACCAGAUCAGGAAGAGGGUCAGUGCCAAAUUCUCCCUCAUUUCAUGAGUCCCCUCCGUCAAAAGUUGCAAAGUUCACAGCAUUAGAAAAAGAAAAGGAAAAAGAACAUUUUAACGUUAAACAAGAGAAAGAUGUCCCAACUCCUAGAAGGCUCACUAGAGGUCGCUUAAAUGCAGCAGAUGCUACAAGACUCUCUGGGGACUCAAAUAAGAGUGAAAAAAUGCCUGACUUGACACUUGAAGAUAAAGGGGUCACAGAACCUAAACGCAGGGGGUCCUUGCGAUCCAGUCAUCGAGUGGCAGCACUGAGCGAAGCAGAGACUGUGCCAGUAGGACGAGCAACUCCCCCUCCACCGUUACUCAUUCCAAAUUCUAUCUCCACAAAUGCCAGUUCCUCCUCCUCUUCUGGAAGUGGAAGUUCUAAACUGAAACAUGCUGGAGGACGGAAGACUCCGCCAGACAGAGAGGCCGUCUUGAAUGAAGUCUUGACUUGGAAACUUGUUCCGCCAGAGAUUUUCACACAAACACCAGUGGCUCCCUCUGCUGUCUAUGGGGCACACCACCUGUUACGGUUAUUUGUAAAACUUCCAGACCUUUUGUGUAAGAUGGGCAUCCCCGAGAGGAAAAUGAAUGUUCUUUUAAAGCACUUGGGGCUAUUUUUAGAUUACAUGAAUGCUAAGCGAGAAGAAUUCUUUCCUCAUUGUGUAUAUGUUGAUGAAGACACCAGUAGUAAUACAAGAAACACAUCUAAGAGGUAGCAGAACAAAGAAGUGUCACAAUUAUAAUACCAAACUUUCUGAAAGAAAGUGGAAUGUUUUGACUAGAUUCUGUCAUAAAAAUAAUUUAGAAGCAAAGGAACUUCUCUUUGUUAUUGGGAUUAAGACAAAGGACAGAAAAAAUACAAUCUGAUACUUGCUCUUGGAAAGAUGUUACAGCAUCAAGGAAUCACAACAGCUGUUGUAUAGGUCAGUCACACAUGUAGAUGUUCAGUAUAAGAAGUCAUGUUGUCACCAGUCAUAAUGGCUGUGCUGCAGGUGCUUAAUGUAGGCAGGGGGUGUGCUUGAGGCAGUAGAUGUAUUGAGCAGCCAUGUAGUAAUAUUUAGAUCAUAAGUUACAAAAGCCCUGCUAGCAUACUCUGUUAUGUUGUCACAAAUGAAUCUAAGACAUCAGGCCUUAAGUAAGGAACAAUGUUAUAAUGUAGUUCAGUUGUAAGCUUGAAAUUACUUGUGUACAGGGAUAUUUUUGCCUUUUUUCUGCUGCUUUAUUUUGUAACAUUAGCAUCAUAUUUCUUUUUUAAUUUCCAUUUAUUUGUUUUUGCAUAACUUAAGAUACUUAAAAGCUUUAUGUGAAGUAUUGUUUACAGAGAAUUGACAAGGUAAAGCUGUAGAAGUAAUAAUAAUUGUAUUUUAUAUACAAGAUAGUUUGUUAAUAUCAACUGUGGCACCAAGUUUAUACUUAGUGCAUAUUGCAUUUAAGAAACCAGAUGUAUUCAUUAUAAAUAAACAUUUUAUUGAUA